CAUCCCUCUUCCCUCUCUUUUUGUCUCCACAUUUCUCCCCUCCCUUAUAAAUACUCAUCUCCUCCGAUCCAUCAUUGAGUGCAGUAACAAGUGCAAACACUUUGAGAUAGAAUUAGCAGCAGCAUUGGAGACUCGAUCAGAUCGGAGAAGAUCGAGAAGGAGAUGGUGAGGAAGAGGAAAUGUGCCGAUGGGACCGGAGAUGGUGAACCUCCGAGCAGCAGCUGGGACGAGGCGGCAGCAGCGGCCGCACUUGGAGGCGCCCGGCGUGCCCGGAGGCGCUUUGUAGGGGUGCGGCAGCGGCCUUCGGGACGGUGGGUGGCGGAGAUCAAGGACACCAUACAGAAGAUAAGGGUGUGGCUUGGCACGUUCGACACGGCGGAGGAUGCUGCUCGGGCCUACGACGAGGCCGCCUGCCUCCUCCGCGGUGCCAACACCCGCACCAACUUCUGGCCCUGCUCCCCCUCGCAGCCUGCCGGCCCACCGGCACUCCCUUCGAAGAUCGCCAACCUCCUGCUAACGAGGCUAAAGGCCAGAAACAACUCCGGCUUGGCUGAGAGCCAGCAGCAGGCAGUGCAGCAGCUGCAGCCGGCACAGCAGCAGCUACUGUAUGGAACUGAAGAAAAUGAAGGCGAAGAUGACAUACAAUUCACAGACUUUAUACAUGACCCGACGGAAUCCAUGUCAAAUCUUACUAAUUGUGGUGAAGGUGGUGGAGAUCUAAUGUGCGAUUACAAUGGCUUGCAUGCAGAUUGCAGCGAGGAAGGAGGCGGAGGUGAAGGAGAGGUGGAGUUGGGCUACAACUUGGAGGAGGUGGGUCACUUUGGUGAGUGUGGGGAGGGAGUGCAAGAGGAAGAGGGAGAUGGCGGCAUGGGAGUGAUGGAUUUCCAGUUCAUGGAUGCUGUGGAGGGAUCGUCGUCAAGUUUGUUUUCGCCGUUCGAGAUGAUGGAGGAAAUGGAGGAGCCAAUAGAGCAGGAGAGCGGCGAAGAUGAGCCAUCGAUGAUUAGAGCUGCUAUGAAGAGGAUGAAGUAUGAGAGGAAGGUGUCGGCUUCUCUGUACGCUCUCAACGGCAUAUCGGAGUGCCUGAGGCUGAAGCUUGGAGGUAGGAAUGGUGGAGGGUUGAUGGCUAAUCACCUCUCCAGCCUCAGAAAUGCAUGUAGGAGACAGCAAGAGGACGAGUUGAAAGUGGUGGAAAGUGGAGCUCAAGUGCCAGUCGAAAAUCCGCAUAUCCAAUCCCAAUCAGAAUCUACUUCUUCUCUUCCAUGCUCUUCUUCAUCUGCCGCCUCAUCACCACCACCACCACCACCACCACCACCACCACCUUCUUCUUCGGCUUCAACUUUGAGCACUGAUGGUGAGUUGUCUCUCUGGAGCUCUCUUGACCUUCCUCCCAUCUGCUUCGUAGCAUAGUCUGAAGUGCUACUCUGAUCGACAGCAACUAGUGUUCUAAUUUCGUUCUGGUGGUUUAAAAUCUUAUCAACGAAUGCAUCAAUACUCUCGGAACCUUACCAAUAAUUAGAGUACUUGGUUUAGUCUGCAGAGAAGGUAUACAACAUUCCCCAGAUGGAGUUUCCGAUAUGCAUGUCAUGAGAAGAUAGGUGGAGAAACUUGGCUGCUGCUUCUUUUUUUUCAGGGUGUCUAUUGGUAAUGGUUGUUUAAUUUUGAUCUAGUAACUCUCCCGCAACAGAAGUAAUCAAGGAAAGCAAAAUGAUGCUGAUUUUAUUUUU